AGUGUCUAGUGCCUGGCUGCGUAAGCUCUUGGCAGUUGCCGUGCGAGUCUUGUCAUGCCAGCUGCUCCAUACCCUCAGUGUUUCAUGGCUAAAUCUAUUCGUCGAACACUUGGUGUUCACUAGAGAAGUAGAAUGUCUGAUCACAAAACGACUGGACUGAUGAGCGAUCAACUUUCGAAAUCGACUUCAAUAUUCGGCAUUCGCUUAUGGGUUGUUGUUGGUGUCUGUGUAGGAGCCGCCAUUGUGCUCUUCCUCUUCCUUAUCUCUCUCUGGUUGGCCUCCAAGCGUUCGAAGAAGCAAAACUCGUCAUCUCAUGGACCAAAAAUCCCAAUCGUCUCCAAAGAGAUCCAAGAAGUCAAAAUCGACACCAAUUUGGAAACCCAGCCCGACCCAUUUCCUGAACCGGAACAGGUGACCGGAAUUGAGCGGCAGGCGUUGCUUCUCAAGCCAGGAGAGGAGAGCCCGAUGGGAUAUCACGGGAUUCAGAUAGAGAUUGGUAAGGACCAUCGGAUUUCGUAUCCUGGGUCGAGUGGAGAGUCACGUGGUGGCGGUGAUCAGGUGGCGAUGGUGGUACCUGAAGUCUCUCAUUUGGGUUGGGGGCAUUGGUACACUCUGCGUGAGCUUGAAGAGGCCACAAAUGGAUUCACUGCUGAGAAUGUGAUAGGUGAAGGCGGUUAUGGCAUUGUGUAUCAUGGUGUAUUAGCAGAUAGCACUGACGUUGCUGUCAAAAACUUGCUGAACAACAGGGGACAAGCGGAGAGGGAAUUCAAAGUAGAGGUAGAAGCCAUUGGACGAGUUCGGCAUAAGAAUUUAGUUAGAUUGCUUGGUUACUGCGCUGAAGGAGCUCAUAGGAUGCUUGUAUAUGAGUAUGUAAACAAUGGAAACUUAGAGCAAUGGCUUCAUGGGGAUGUAGGGCCUUGCAGUCCUCUUUCUUGGGAGAUUCGAAUGAAUAUAAUCCUAGGAACUGCAAAAGGGUUAACUUACCUUCAUGAAGGACUUGAACCCAAAGUAGUUCACCGGGACAUAAAAUCAAGCAACAUUCUACUCGACAAACAGUGGAAUUCCAAGGUUUCAGACUUCGGCCUUGCCAAACUACUUGGCUCUGAGAGUAACUACAUCACAACCCGUGUCAUGGGAACUUUUGGCUAUGUUGCUCCUGAGUAUGCAAGCACAGGCAUGUUGAAUGAAAGAAGUGAUGUGUAUAGUUUUGGGAUUCUUAUUAUGGAGCUUAUUUCUGGGAGGAACCCAGUUGAUUAUAGCCGCCCUCCUGAGGAGGUGAACUUAGUUGACUGGAUUAAGAAGAUGGUUACUAAUAGGAAUCCAGAUGGAGUGUUGGAUCCAAAGUUACCUGAAAAGCCUACUUCAAGGGCAUUAAAACGAGCUCUUCUUGUAGCUUUACGUUGCGUGGACCCAAAUGCACAAAAGCGACCAAAGAUGGGCCAUGUUGUACAUAUGCUUGAAGCUGAUGUAUCUCCAUUCAAAGACGAUCAUAGAGCUGGAAAAGACGCAGGACAUUCAAACCAUAAUGGUUUGAAGGAUGGAGCGUCAGGUGAUCCUAGUGGUUGUGAUAGUGGGCAAGCCAGUGAGUCAAGAUGAUAUCACCACUUGAGCCAAGCUGUACUGAGCCCGUCAUAUGAGAACAUAUCUUUCAGUGGAUAGACCAGAUGCUCGGCUGCUAUUCGACAUCAGCAUUCUUUCAGAUUAUUUGUAGCUUCUAUAUCUGCCAUUCACACGUUCAAAAGAAAAAGAAGAUUCAGUUCGAUCAUUGUAACCAUGGCCUUCCCCAAAAGAAAUGAGCGUGAGGUCUGUCAUGUAUCCCAUUGCAUUAUUGUUUCUUCAACUCGACAAUUGUUGAAUGAGUUCAGUUUUUGCUAAUAACACGCGUGGAUUGUUAAAAUCACCAUUGUGGCACAUGAUUAAACCUAGUGAUGUAAUAAAUAUGUGAACAGAUAUCAGUGAAUUAAUGUCAAUUUUUUACCGUAUUCAACA